GCAUUUUCCGGAAUCUGCCAGUUUCUCCACCGCAUUUUAACUUUUCACAAACUAGACGGAAUUUCCCGUAAAAUUAUCGCCAUUUCUGCUCGUCACAUUGCGUUUUACCCUGAAUAGGGACGAGAACGUCCCCGUAGGACCAAAAGGGAAGUUUUAGGAGUCACAGGGACACAUUUUGGAGCUUUAACCGUCUACACGGAGGACCCCGGAGCUUGUGGACCGCAGGCCCUUUAGGAAGAACAAGGCCAGGAGACUGUCUACACUGACUCACUUAAAGCUCCAGAGAAACGCAAAUGGAACUCCACCUCAAGUCUGGAGAGCUCCUUGAUCUCUUCAAGUCAUUCGACUCUGGAAACAAGGGAGCGUUGAACAGAGCGGAUCUAUCGCACAUCUUCGCCAAUGUUCUCGGGAAUAAACAGACGGAUGAAGAAAUUCAGGCCUUGAUGCAACACAUUGCCGGAAAGGAUAUCCAAGGGAACGAUGUGGAAGCCAUAGACUUUGCAAUGUUUAAAGAUCUCGUCAAUAAUACCCUCAAGAACCAACCAAUUGAGGCUAUACUAAGGGGCCCCUUCAAGAAGAUUUCAGGAGGUAAAGGAGAGGUAACAAUUGAUGAGCUGCUAGACUUUGCCGGGAAAGCAGGAAUUGAGAGCGGGAGCGACGCCAAAGUUCGGCUAAUGGCGAGAAUGCCUGAUGGUAAAGCAAACUUUGAGGAGUUUUGCAAAUGCGUCGCAAAUGGGUAGUAAUGGCGAGUAUACGCAGUAUAGGAGCCUGUGUAUUCAGUGUUUGGUAGAUGGAGUAAUGGUAUACCCUGGAACUACUCGUAUGGGUAAGUAUUGUAGAAGCAUACCACGUCUAUACA